AUGUCCAGCACGUCGAAAAAUAUAUCAUCGAAUACAUACUUAUCUAUCAAGACCGAUGCGUCUACAGGUACAUCGACAAGUGUACGAAAACAUCCCAUAAUACAAAAUUUCCUUGUUGUUUGGCUCGAUCCGAAAAUCGAUGAAUCAGUGGAUGACUUCCGCAAUUCGCUUGCGAAACUUCGUGGUAUCGCCAAAUCCAUCAAUACGUUUACGAAUGCGGUUCAUUGUAUUGAAUACCUGAAAAAAGCAAGCAAUGGUGGAGCUCUAUUGAUCAUCGCCGGUUCCAUUGGACAAAAGAUCGUACCUGAAAUCCACGCUUUGUCUCAAUUAAAGUCGAUUUUUGUCUUCUGUCGCAAAAAAGCCUAUCAUGAGCAAUGGGCGAAAGAUUGGUCGAAAAUAAGUGGUGUUUACACAAAAAUUACUCCACUUUGUCAAGCUAUGCAGGAAGAAGUCGAAAAGUGUGCCUACACCACCACUGCGAUGACCUUUGAUAUGUCGAAUGCACUGCACAAAAAGUCUUCAAUAACCGACUUACCACGAUCAAUGACUAAUAUCAGUAACAAGAGCAAGCAUCAAACACCGCUCGUGAAUUCUCGUUUGAGCGCCAGCCAAAACAGUGAACAACUUGAGUGGACCCUAUUUGAUUUAGACGCCUGCAUGUAUAUUCAGAAUAUUCAGCGUGAAAUUUUCUCAAUUAGUAAGAAUGCCUUACAAAUAGCUAUGGAUGCAAUGAGAAAAGCAGAUGAUCUACGGAAUCUAACACAUGUUGUUUGGAAAUUAUUGGAGGCAGCCGAACAGAAAAACGAUAUUACAUAUUUCAUUCAUGCUUACACUCAUGAAGGGGUUUUUUAUAAAUUACUGAAUCGUAAAUUGGCUCAACAAGACUUUAAAAAUUUCACCGGCGCAAGCUUAGAAGAGAAGGUUCAGCAAAUUGUUGGAGGUAUUUUUCAGAAUUUAAAAAUCGCGGUGAAUGCAGCAAUGGCAGUACAAGCAGGACAGCAAGUGUCGUUUCAAGGCGGUGACGAAAGGAACUGGGCCAAGCUGUAUUUAAGAUCAGUUUAUGCACUUCUCUUAGCUCCAAAUCCAACAGUUCGAUUUCAGGGUACAACGUAUCGUGGCAUGUGGAUUUCACAAGAUAAGUUACAACACUAUUGUGAUGCACAGUUCGUCUGCUACAAAGGCGUUGCUUCAACCUCGGCAGUCCGCGAAAUCGCUCAAUGUUUUAUUGAUAAUACGCAUGAUGCCUCAAAAAACAUGAUAUCUGUCAUGUUCAUACAUGAAGUUACUUUGAUUUCUUCACUCUUUGCACUUAAAAUAAGCGAGUUUUCCAAGUUUCCUCAUGAAAAGGAAGUACUUCUAUUGCCUGGAAUUUUAUUUCGCAUUGCUGACGUGCGUUCUAUCUCAAAAAACGCGGCAGAAAUCGAGCUACGAUGUUCACUUGAAGACACGGAGACCAUGAUGUCAAAUGCUUUUGCCUCGCUUCUGGCUCUUGAUUCAUAA